AUGCAACUCGUAUUCAAUACAUUAGAACAGAAAGUAUUGCGUAUUGCAGUAGAACAUUCCGAUUCUACAGUGAUAUUAAUUUGGUCAGGAAACGCUACACCAAAUACCACGAAAGAUGGAUUAGAUCCCACACUGAGUGAAGAAGAACAUCGUUAUAAAUUUGUCUCACUCCCGCAAGGCGGCGCCAUUCUGAUGGCCCCCUUCACCCCACCAACAGUGAAUGCCGCACGCACACCUUUGAUCGUGGCUAUAUUAAACCACAUUAUGCGGUCAGCUUCAACCCUCCAGUUUGGAUUGCUGGAUCACAUUACCAGAGAGGUGUUGACACGAGCCCAGCUAGUGUCCGGGCAUCAAACAGAAACUAUGACGGUGUAA